GUGUGUGUGUGUGUGGUGCUGAGUGUGUGUGCCAGUGAUUGUGUGAAGACAGUCAGAUCAUCCUCUCUCUCACACACACUCAGCACCACACAGGUGAGUAGAGGCACUGAUUUAUGUUGCUGUGUGUAGAUACAGUAUGGCUGUUAAAAGUGUGUGUCUGUCCCAUGUUUACUCUGUGAUUUGAGUUGUCAAAUGGUGAAGGUUGUUGUACAGGAUUGUCAAUUACAGCUUGUUACCUGAGCGCUGUUUAUCUGAGUGAGGUCAUGUGACUGCAGCGGGUGUUAAAAGCUGUGUGUUUGGUGUAGUGUUGCAGUGUGUUGUUGUUUUUGUGAUAUGUUAGUGCUGUUCUGUGGCUCAGUGGUAUAGUGGGUUGUUUCUCAGUCUGAUGGUUGGUGGUUUGAUCCCAGCUUCUGCAGUCACUUCCUGAAGUGUCCUGAGGAAAGGCCUAAAAUCACAUUAUAACUGGCAUAUCAUGUGGUCAUGAAAUGGUUAGGUUAGUUACAGAUACAGCCUGUGCUGUCUGUGAGUGAACGUGAAUGGAUGAAUGUGGUGUGAAAGUGCUCUGAGUGCUAGAACACUGCAUGAGUGCUAUAUCAAUACACCCUGUUCACCAUCCACUGAUGCUCAUCUUCAUAGUCUGCAGAUGAUGAGUGACUCUCCCACUGAGAAACAUGCUGAGCACACAAGAUUAUGUAAUCAUGCUUUUUCAUCAAUUACAGUCUGGUUGUUUUUAAAUAUAAGUGUAACAUCCAGUUAAAACCUGUAUCUGUGUUUUGGAUGGUUUUUAAAUUAAAAAUUCCAACAUAUUCCACAUAAGUUAGCACAUUGUGUAAAACAUGAAUAAAAACAGAAAUAAUGAUCUUCAAAUCCUUUUCCACCUAAAUUCACCUGAAUACUCCACAAAGAAAUGUAAAGUUUAAACUCUAAACUUGGUUGUUUUUCUGUAAACAUUUACUCAUUUUGAAUUUGAUGCUGCAGCAGGUUCCUAGAGAGCUGGUUCAGGGUCAUGUUUCUCUCUGUGUUUCAUCAUCUUUCCUUUAAUCACUCUCAGUAAGCCUUUGUAGACUGAGGACACUAACUGUUGUUUGAUGGACCACUUCAGUUGUUCACGGUCCAGAGUCUCUGUUGUGGUAUUUUGGGCUUCAUAAUGCUCCACACAUUUUCAGUGGGGGACAGGUCUUGACUGCAGGCAGGCCAGUCCAGUACCUGGACUCUUUGACUCUGAAGCCACGCUGUUGUAACUCCUGCAGAAUGCAUCUCUGUGUCGUCUUGCUAAAUAAACAGAGACAUCCCUGAAAAGACGGGGCUCUGAUGGCAGCAGAUGUUGGUCCUAAACCUGUAUGUACCUUUCAGCAUUAUUGGAGCCUUCAAAGAUGUGACAGUUAGCCAUGGACACUAACACACACCCCAGACCGUCACAGAUGCUGGCUUUGACCUUUGACCUGAGAACAGUCUGAAUGGUCCUUUUCCUUGCCAGGUUCAUGGUUUCCAAAAACUAUCUGAAAUGUGGACUCAUCAGACCACAGCAGACUUUCCCACUUUGCAUGUUAAAGAAACAUUGUUCUUAAACUGUUGGACUAUUUGCUCACACAGUUGUUGACAAAGUAAUGAACCUGGUCCUAUGCUUGUCUUUAAGUGAUGCUCCUUUAAUAUCCAAUUAUGGCCCUCACCUGUUUCCCAUGAUCCUGUUCACCUGUGGAAUGAUCCAAACAGUUCACUCAAAAGAGUUUCUGGAGAAGUCCUCCAUUUUUUCCAGUCUUUUGUUGACCUUGAACCAAGCAUGUUGCAGUAUCAAAUUCCAAAUACAAAAAAAAUCAAGUUUAUCAGCUCGUUUUUUUAGUGUAUACAUAGAGAAUAGAGCAAAAAGAUUUUGUAAAUUAUAGUAUUCUGCUUUUUUUCAUGUUUUACACAACGUCCCUCAAGUGACUUAAUUUCGCCUACUGAAAUUAUCCUGAGAGCCACCGAGGUGUACUAUAGCCAGAUUUACAGUUGAAGCAUUUUCCUUAGCUUACUUGUUUCCCAUCAUAAAUGAAACAGUUCAUUUAAGUCACAUUAUUUUUCAUUCAUUCUCCUUACCAGUUGAAGCAACCAAGUGCAAAUAAAAGACGAAGGCAAAUUGAGCAAUGGCGACAACGACGUUGAUGUUGACAGUCAAAAACUGUGUGCUUCUCCUGCUACAGAAACACCUGCCACUAAUUUCGUCCUCAUCUACUUAUAAUGAACAGACAUUGGAAUUCACAUCACCUAGUGAAAGACAAUUACAAAUAACAAAGGUUUCAAAACACAAACCCCAAAGAAAAUACAACAAAUAGUUACAGUCCCAAUUUCAUUAGAAUUGGGGUUUGUUUAGUGAAUAAAGUCUGGUCUCCAGAGGUUAAAAUGAUAAUAUGUUUACGAUUUUUGUAGUCAGUGUCAGAGAAAAUGUUUGAAAACCUUUUUAAACAACUUCACUGUGUAAAUUUCUGUUUUACAUAUGACCAUCAGUCAUUUCACCUUGACAGUAAAAAGAAAACCCUGAACACUCAGUUUUAAUGAGUCUGUGACAUCCAACUCAGAGUCAGGUUUUUAUACAGAACAAAGAACAGAUCUCAUAAAAACACAUGGACUCAUUUUACUGCCGUACUGUUCUCUUAAAUCUUUAUUAUCAUAAGUUAACAACUCUACAUAGUAUUCAAGGUAAUGAUCGCCGAAAGCAAAGCAGGAGCACAUUAAAUCAACAAUUAGACAAUAUUUUUCAUGUUUUUACUUUUAAUGGGAUUAAUCUUUUUGCCUUUGUCACCUUGUACUGAUUUCAGAGGACUUUGAAAAAAAAUAUUGACACAGGAUUUUAUCUCUGUCUCUUUUUUCAGUGAUAUAAAAAGCCCCAAAGCUAAUGUCUGAGGAAUAUAAAAAUGUGGUCAGUAAUGAAACAUGAUAGUUGUGGUUGAAAUUGUUUAUUCUUCUAGCAGACAGAAACAGGGAACAAAUAUGAAUAAAUCUGUGAGUACUACUGAGAGAGGACUAAAAACACUAUUUCUGUGCAUACCAGCAAUAACACUCGCUGGGCAAUCUAAUCCAACCCAAUACAACAGCUCUACUGGAAAUUUUACUUUCAGGAAGCCUCUAAAUUUUCAUUUUUUUAUCAAAAAGGUGGCUUUUUUGUGCUUUAUAUGUUAUUGAAGAUGUAGUGGUGUACUGGAGUGAGUAACUUUGUGCCUCUUCAUUAAAUCUCCAAACAACCUUUGCUUGUCUUGUCCUUUAUAUGCUUAGGUAAUGUCAUCUGACAAAAAAAAUGUUGUUCUGACUUCAAACAGUCAAAUUUAUAAUCUACUGUGAACAGUUAUGUGAAAAAUGUUGGACAGGGCUGUUUCUUCAGCUGCUUGCCAAACAUCCACCCCCUUGCACAAGUUUCAGGCAUUAGAAAUUACAUCAUAAAAACUCUCACUCUUUUCGCUGAAGGUUUUGUUGGCUUUCAUAUAUCAUAACUAGAUGUCAAAAUGAAUCUCAGUCUGUUUAAAUUAUCAAAAAAACUCUGCACAGGACCUUUAAAAAAGGGGGGGACAUAAUAUGAGGAACCACUUUUUAAGUACACCAAAAACAACCAUAACAGCUUCAACAACUGAUUCAAAGAACAAUGACCUCCUGUCUGACCAUGUCAACUAAAUUGAAAAGGUAAAAACUUUAAGAGAGUGAAAUGUAAGGAUAGAUCUGUUUUAAUGGGUUGCAUUAUGUCAGCCAGAUGUUCAAAAUGUUUUAACCAGAUGUUGUCAAGUAUAACUGUACAUCUAUAUGUUUGUUCUGAUUGGUGAAACUUUCCACUGUAACACAAAAAACAAUCAAACUUCCAAGACACUUUGUCCAGGGAUAAAAUUCACUCCUUCUGAGCAUUCCCUGUAGAACUGUCAAGUUUGAUUAGUUAAUUCCUCACACUAACACCUCUGAGUCACGCAAAAACACAUCCUCAACCUUGCCUCACUAUCUUGUCCAAGGCCACUGAAGCUCUCUGUUGGCUGUCACCCAGUCUCAUUAAGUUUGCCCACACACACACACACACACACACACACACACACACACACACACACACACACACACACACACACACACACAGGAGAGGUCUGUUGCACUUUAUGGCUUUUAUAUCACAAUAUAUGGAUUAGCAAAGUUUUACCUGCAGAAAAUACAGCAUGUCAUACUCUCGCUAUAUAUGAGUAGGAACUGAAUAAUCUGUUUGUGGUAAAAAGUUAAAAGUUUGAACUUUGUCUGAUUUUAAACCAUGUUUGUCCUUCAGUGCAGAAAUGUUUGCCGUCAGGAUUCAUCUGUUCCUGCUGCUUCUGGGUGAGUUAAUUAUCCCCCCCCCCACACACACACACUUCACAGAUAUUUAUGCUUGCAUGACUGAAUGUGAACCUUUGUGAUUGUGUGUGUGUUUGUGUCUCAGCUCCUGCAGCUGCCUUCAUGGUCUACAACACCAAACGCAGCCUGUGUCUGCAGGAGACGGCAGACUCAGGCGAGGUGGUGCUCAGCAGGUGUGACCUGGACUCGGAGGCUCAGCAGUGGAUCUGGAUGGAUCAGAGCAUGCUCAUGAAUGUCGCCUCCUCAAGGUGUAUGGCAGCCCUUCAGGGGAGGCAUCUGCGGACCCUGCCCUGCAAGGGGUCUGAUGUGGACAAUACAAAGUUACAGUGGGAGUGUGACAGGAACAGGCUGAUCAAUAGGAACUUGUCCAUGCUGCUGUCUGUUGAUGGACGGCACCCUGUCCUCUCUCAUGACAGCAAACAGUCCAGGUGGAGAUCUGUGGAUGGAGGGGACAUCUGCCUGGAGAGACUCAGUAAGUCUGGGAUGAUAUUAGGGUCAUAGGAGAGUUUUAAUGAUCUGAAAUGGUGGUUUUCACCUGGCACAGUCAGACUGGAUCAGGUUAGAGAGAGGUGGAUUCACCUGCAGGACCUGAAACAGCUGAUCACUGUUCAGAGAAGACACAAGUCACCUUUAUAUGAAGUAAUUUAACCCAGCAAUCAGACUAAGAGACUGAUAGGCUUCUGCUGACAGUGAUCCCUCUGAACACUGGUAAUGAACACAAACUUAGUGUGUGCUGUGUUUGACCUCCAGGAUCAAAGAGAGCCUCUGGUGAACCUGAUGAGUUUGAGGACGCGGGUGAGCAGGCCGGUGGACGAGCAGCCUUGACAGAGGAACAGAGAGAGUACCUUCGCUGGUUCUACCGCACAGAGGACCGUAAGUACUACUGCUUAAGCUCCGCCCACAAUGCACCUGCCAGGAGAGAGAUGUGUCAGUGGUUCUUGACAGUAGUUUUGGUUCAUUUUUGGAAAUGGUCUUAACUUUGUCUGAACUGCAAAUGUGAUCGUUGUGAAAAGUGAAAAGUUAUUUAGUUUUCAUUGGGAUCAUACUGGUUAGGAUGUGUACAUUUUCACCAUGAUAGUCAAAUAACACACAAUGAUUGCUGUGACAGAACAUUUCAAUCCUAGUGUUUAGACAAGAUUAAAAUAAACCAACAACAACUAAAUCAUCUCAUGAGAGCGAAAGAUGUGCACAUAAUCACAAACACAAUUAUGUCCAGGUUUGUCAAAAACACAAGUAUUACCAUGAUCCUUAAAGGAAACAAAAUUAUAACCAGGAGCCUCUGAAAUGUGGUCAUUAUCAGAAUCCUCCAAAGUAUGAGUGUUGUCUUAUUUGGGUUGCAGCAACCAUCUGGAAGUUUGUGCUGCUGGGCCUCGCCUUUGUCUGCCUGCUUAUUGGCUUUCUGCUGUUGGGGAUGGGAGCCAUGGCCAACAAGUAAUGAAAAGAAACACUUUACAUUAUUAUAAAAGUAGUAAACCAUCUCCUGGGUCAAAAUGGUGACAUGUUUUUUUUUUUGUUUGUUUUGUUUAUGGUUCUGUAGAAACAGGAAGAAGAUUGCAAAGUACAAAGCAGCAGCAGCUCUGGCUCAGAAGGGUGAGGGUGAGCAGCUCCGGGUCCUGUCAGAGCUCAGAGACGACAGCAGCGCUACACCCUCACCAUCACCCAACAGGCUGCAGAAUGUAAACAAACCUCCACCAGCCAAUGGAGAGCUGACAGAGCUCAGAGCAGGAGACAUAGUGGUCACAUGGAAGGACGGCAACACCUCCUGCCUGUAUGACAAUGCUGCACCAGAGGAGGAGCAACCAGAGGAGCAUCAGGAGGAGCAACAGGUGGAGCAACAGGUGGAACAACAUACAGAGCAACAGGUGGAGGUGUUAGGUGAUGAGCUGGUCAGUGAUGAGCCCACAAAGACCGAGGAGUAAUGAGUCUGGGUAAAAGAUGUAUUAUCAUAUGUGAGCAUUCUCCUCUCCUCUCCUAACGGCUCCACCUGCUGGACAUUAGCUGCUAAUACUAACAAGCCACAAAGCAUCAUCUUUAAACAUCUAUGAGUCCAUUAAAACCUGGAGGUUCACAGACACUGCAAAGGUUUAGAGGUCCAGCACAUGAUUUUAGGGAAUCAAUAUAUGAGUCAUUUACAGUUAAAUGUCCUGGUCUAUGAGAAGAAAGUCACUUAAUCAUUUUCAAACACAAACAUUUCUUUUUAUUUUAAUCAAACAUUUUUAUCUACAAAAUGUGUUCAGAUCAAAAGUAAAAUAAAGCUUAGUGUUAUGUUACUGCAGAAUAUUCAGUUUGGGUUGAACGGUUACACUCAGCUAACGGAUAUUCCCUCAUAUACAAACUAAACCCUGUCCUGUUUGUGUUUAUACCAUCACCUAAACUUCAGUCAGCAGGUUCACUUUCUCUUACAUGGACUUUGAGCUAAGAUUUAAGUUCAUCCAGGCAAAGUUCCACCUCACCUGUAGUAUGAUUUUAAAGUUAGAUUUCUGAAAAGUAACUUGUGUGAUGGCUGUAAAAUUAAAAUGAGAAAUAAGAGCCUAAAUGAAACUAACCUAGCUUAGCAAAAGGGCUGUAACAAAAUGUAAAUGAAUUAAAUCAGAAAUCUUUUGUUAAUCAAGUUUCAACUUCUGGGGUCAGAGUGGAAGUGCUUAAAACUGCAGCUCCUCUGAUGUACAAUAGAGGCUGGCCCUAAGAGUACUAAAGACCAUAUACACACCCUCCUAAAAAAGUCAAGUGUUUUUAGAGCUUGAUACAAAAUAUGUUUGUGUCUGUGGGUCAUUCUCUUAUUCACACAAACUGUGGGGGUCAAUUUUUAUUUCAUGUAUUAUCUUAAGGUUGAGCAUCUGCCAUCGCUAAGCUUCAAAACUGCUUCAGAAACCAAAUUAUAACAGAGACUGUGUGGAUGUUUCAUUUAUUCUAUGGUGUUAAUCAGUAAGACACUGUUUAGACAACCUUCACAUACAGCCAGGAUAGCUCUUUACAGCCUUUGUGCUUAGCUCAGCUAACUGCAUGCUUACUGUUUCUUCAUAUUUGUGUAGACAUGAGAACACCUUGUUAUUGUAACUGUCCUCAUUAUAAAUCGUCAUGUUUUGUUAUCACAGAAUUAGCAGUUCAUUUGAGUACUGCAGUCAGUGACAGUAGCUUUGCAUUGUGAUACAUGAAAUGAUGCCCUUUGACCACAUGCAGCUGUAAAGCUUUAUAUUUUCUGUUGUAGCUUGUUUGUAUUGUUUGAACACAAAAAUAGAAUUAAAAAAUACAUAUUCAGAGACGUAUGAGUCAGAUCGUCUAAUAGUAAGGUUUCUGUUUUUUUUUUACAAUGCUAAAACAACUAUGGAUAUUUUUCUAAAAUAAACACAGUUCCUUGUUGUCCUGCUUCAUUCAGUAAACAGUAAGAUGGUGAGUGAAGAUGUGGUUUAUUAGGAAAAAUAUCUUUGUUUAAUAAAGUCGAUUAAAUGUUCAAACAAACUGAGGA